CGAAACGGCGUUGCCAUGACGACAGAGACUCACACUGUGGCGAUGACAGACCCACAGUUAGCAAACAACAACAACAAUAACAACACCAAUAACAACAACAACAACAACAAUAACAAUAACGAUGGCGAGCCGAAAUACUUGCACAAGAAGUUCAAGAAGAUGGCGACGACCGAGGUUACGCCGCAAGUGGAGCCCAAGGAGGACGCCGUGGUCAGCAACGGUUCUCCAGAGACAACUAAAAGGAAGGAGUCGGCCAAGGACUCCAGAGAGUCGCCGAAAGAUCCGAUCAAGAUCGAGAUCUCUGCGGAACCCGCGGACGGAGAACCGACCGAAUCGAGGAAAAACGGCUACGUGUGUCCUUAUUGCAGGCUGUCGUGCGCGAAACCGAGCGUCCUGCAAAAGCACAUCCGAGCUCACACCAACGAGAGACCGUAUCCUUGCGUUCCUUGCGGAUUCGCGUUCAAGACCAAGUCAAAUCUCUACAAGCACUGCAGAUCCCGUGCUCACGCCCUUAAGAUGGAGGGUGGUGAUGCCAGCAAGGUAUCGGAGGACUCGGACAUAAGCUUGUCCGACAGUGCGAGCAACGGAACCGGUACACCGCCACCCCCUCCGUCAUCGACGCCCACGACGACUUCAGUUAGUGUAAAAACGAUUAAAACGGGGAAAAUCUACAAGCCAAAAUUUCACACGGCCCUCCAGUGUGUCAACAACGAUAUCGAAACGUCUUCCCUUUCCUCCAUUUCUUCCACGAACAGUUCUUCCUCGACAGCCGCUACCACCACGCCAAAACCAAACCCGGAACAAGUACAGGAACAUAUUGAUAAAAUUAUUACGGACAAUCAAGCGAUCGUCGAUGCGGUAGAUCCGCGACUGCACAAACUGAUUCAAAGACAGCAAAGCCUCGUGGAAACGAAACAGUCUACCGAUCAGCCGUUGAAUCUCUCAUCCGCGGAGGAAUCUUCGAGAAAACGAUGUUACAGUGAGAGCUUUGUGCAAGAAAACAAAGAUUAUCCGAACGGUCCGGAAAGUUCGAUAAUCAAGGAUCUCCUACUGAAAAAUCAAAACUCGAGUCAAGAGGGAACGACGGAAUACGAGAGCUAUUUCUGCCCUUCCUGCAAUAUUCCUUACUCAAGUAUCGAUAAUCUCGAUGUUCAUCGUAAGUACUAUUGCAAAGGCAGCAUGAGUCCUCGAAGAGAUUAUCAGUUGGAAAUGGAGAAAAGAGAGUCGGAUUUUGAUUCCAAGUCUUCCGAAUAUUACAGCACCAUGCAACCCCUUCCCUCUCCCGGGCCUCUGUUGGGCAAUACGAGGCUCGUCGACGCGUACGCUCCACCCAUGAAGAAACAGAGAUCGGACCCAGUACCAACCACGUUACGAUCUCUCGAGGAGCUAAGCAAGUAUCCACGACCAAACUCGUUGCAAAUGUUCGGCGGGGAAGUCAGGAUAUUGGACAAUACCGGUGAAACGAAGACGAUGAGAAUCGAGCCGCGACAAACCAACUCUCCUACGAGCGAGCAGAUCGUGAGCAGCAAGUGCGUCACUUCGGAGACCGCUUCGAUCGUGGUUAGAUCGGGUCUUCACUCGGGAGGCACGAUGGUACACAAACCGCCGCGUACGGCGGUCAGCACGCCUAGUUCCUCCAUAUCUUUGCCCAACACUCCGAAAAUGUUGGCGCCGAUCAUACCGAACAUAUCAACCUCGAAUAUAGCACCCAACAUGUCGUGCUACAGUUAUCUAGAGCCGAACUUAAAUCCUCUGACCAGUAUCACUGCCUAUAACCCGCUGACUUUGCCUCAACCAGGAAUCACGAAUAUCCUUCACGGUGGUAAAGUUAUACCUUAUGUUCCUGGCAUGCCUGGACCACACACCCUGACGCCAGCCAUAGACAUAUCCACGAGUUUAGCCACCGAUGAAGCCGGAUACAAGGUGAUACCAGGAUUGCCUGGCCUCCACAUAGUCCCUCAACCCUUAGAUCUCGCCAGUCCGGUAAAAAUACAAACGCCAAGUACAAAUACCAACGCCACCAAGAUACAAACGCCAAUAGCUGGAAUUCCAGAGCCGAUGUCCAAUGGACACGUGUCGAUGAUAGGCCAGCCAUUGGAUCUCGCCAGCCCGGCAAAGGACCCCAAGCUCGGCUUCAAAACUCCUGGCAACGACGUCUUGAAGAUCGGGUUAACGAGCCCAAAAGUUCCUAGCGUUAACGAGACCUCGACGAGACUACGCCUCAAGUUCUUGAGGCCGACUUCGUUGCCACUAAAGCCAGGCACGUUCACGCCCAAGAAGCAUCAUGGUAUCACUCCUACGGCAAACACGCUUCCGCUCAUAAGCCCAGAAACCCCUCGGCCGAAGAAAUCCUACGGGCAGCUUUAUUUGAACGGUCACGCGUAUACAUAUCUUGGCCUGAAAUGUUCGACCAGAGUAUUUUACUGCACUCUGAAUAGACCACAGCCGAUGUAUGUGACACAGCAACAUGGCUUAUCUAUGUACUCGAAUUGGAAGAUAUGCAAAGAAGUACCAUCUGACGUUGAUAUGGCGCAUUAUGAUUCGAGGCACAGGCCGCUUAAUUAUACGACCGCCUGGAAAAAACAGGAGGACAUUUUAACGCAUUCCUCGGAAAGACCGACCACCCCAACUAGUUCCGAUAGCGGUUUGGAUAGCGAUAUGCAAGAAAAAGCGAAAAGGGUUAAAAUAUUCGACGGAGGAUUUGAAAGCAACGAGGACUAUACAUAUGUCAGGGGCAGAGGUCGAGGCCGAUACGUUUGCGAGGAAUGCGGCAUUCGUUGUAAAAAGCCAUCCAUGUUAAAGAAACAUAUCAGAACGCACACGGACGUAAGGCCGUACACGUGUAAACAUUGCGCUUUUAGCUUUAAAACCAAAGGCAACCUGACGAAACAUAUGAAGUCGAAAGCUCAUUACAAGAAGUGCGUCGAGCUCGGCGUUGUUCCGGUGCCUACGACGGUCUGUGAUGAAAACAUCGAUAAAGAAGCUAUCGCCCGGUUGGCUGCAGGUGGAAAUACCGAAGAAUCCUCGGAAGAAGAGGAAGAAAGCGAUGGAGAGGAGAGCGAAGAAUCCGGAAGCGAGGAGCAAGAAGCUGCACAGAGUUUGCUAAGUCUGUCGCAACGUAAUACAAACAGAUUUCCAGGGCUUCUACCGUCUGGAAGACCGACAACUUACCCUUAUACUCUAACUUUCCCAACGACCUCCAGGUCCGCGAACGUAUCAUCUGCCGCGAUAAGCAACAACGUCUGCUUGAGCAGCCAAACUGUCACCACGCAAGAAACUACUCUCGUUCGAAACGAAUUGUCCCAUCGAUACUAUUUCCCCUCGAGUCGAACCGCUCCGGAAGAAUCGAGGACGACCGUGAUUCAAUCAUCGAAAAAAGAAAGUUCCGACAUCGAGGUGAACGGGGUCGAUACCGACUCGCGAAAUACUUUGGCACAGCCUAUGGAUCUCACGACGAAACCAGCCCUACAACCGUUGCCCUCUUCCAUACCGCAAAGAGCCAAGCCAGCAGAUAUUUUAACUCCCGUUUCGGAACCGGUACUGUUACAAACGAUCGUUCAAACGAUGGAAAGACUACCGAUACAAGGAAGAGAGUGGAAACCGGAUGCCGAGGGGCAUAUGUUGCAAGCAUAUCUCACUGAACGACACGUUAUGGAUAGUAAAAUUAAACAACAAUACCGAGUAGGAAAUACGAAGAUGGAAAAGCAACCGAGAGAGAGGGAUAUUUACCCGGAACAAUCAUCUCCGAAAUCAAGAAACGCUGAAUUAGAGACUAGUCCAGUAACGACUUACAACGAUCCUAGCAAGAUACAAAUGACUAUGAUAGAUUCCAGGAUUAAGCACGUAUCGAAGCAUACCACUGAAGAUAUCAAGAUGGAAAUCAGAGAGAAAAUUUAUCAGAACAAUAUCGUCAUAGAUCGACGGUCGUUCGAUAUCGAAUCGAUUCACAGAGAAAAAGAAAUAGCAGAGAGCAUGAAACAUACGGUUGCGCGGAAAAUGGUUGUCGGGGGACCCGGUUUUAGAUCGCCCUCGCCUAACGCUGCAACCCUUAAACCACAAGCUGAGUUCUUGCAGCCCUCGAAUGGACCUGCACCUAAUUAUGUCAGUUACAGUGUGACUGAAGAUGGGAGAAGCGUCUGUGGAAUUUGUAACAAGGUGUUCAGCAAACCUAGUCAGUUACGGUUGCAUAUCAACAUUCAUUACUUCGAGAGACCAUUUAGAUGCGAAAGUUGCGCGGUUUCUUUUCGAACCAAGGGUCAUUUGACAAAGCACGAAAGAUCUGUUUCUCAUCACAAUAAGGUUAGUAUGACUUCCACGUUCGGAGCAGCGACCACCAGCAAUCCAAGGCCAUUUAAAUGUACAGACUGCAAAAUAGCAUUCAGAAUACAUGGUCACUUGGCGAAGCAUUUGCGUAGCAAAAUGCACAUUAUGAAAUUAGAAUGUUUAGGAAAAUUGCCCUUCGGAACAUACGCUGAGAUGGAAAGAUCUGGUGUCAAUUUGAAUGAUAUUGAUACUACCGACUGUGAUAAUAGUCUUUCUAGUCUUCAGAUGCUGGCUCAAAGACUUUGUGAAAAAGAUCCUACAAAAAUAGGUCAAUGGGAGUCUGAAACAAUUCCAAGUCAAGUGAUCAGCGGUGGCGAGACUUCGUCCGACGAGGGUGAGCCUAUUCUACAGCAUGCGUGAAAGUGACAACCGCGAAUAUGUAUCGAUCGUAUUAUGUGCCAAUUGCAAACGAAAAUCCAAAGUCCGGUGUCCACCUUGGGAAUUCUUAGUUUAAUCGACAGAAGCACGAGGACAGCGCGGAAGAAAGGCAGAAUUAACCUACGUUUUCCAUAGAGGAUACAAAGCCGGACGAAGAUAUACAAUCAUACAAGUGCCAAGUUUGCACAGUGUUUACUAUGAACGAAUUAUAAGAUCGAGUUACAUUGCUUUGUUGAACAUAAUAUCAAAUCAGAUUCUAGUACAAAUACCCAAGGGGAUAGGGGCUUGAACAUGCACAAGUGUAGAGAGAAAGAGAAUACUCAGAUAUGAAUUACAGACAAACUCGUAGUCAAGACAGAUCACAAUCGUAAUAGACAAACAAUCGAAGACACGUAUGUAGUGCCAAAAUAAUGCAGCGAACUAUAGACAAUCUGCGGUGAAAUUUCAAAGAAUUUGUUGCCGUAACAGAUAAAAUAUAGCUGUAAUAACAAAAUACCAUCACCUUUCGAAGGAAAUUUUUCAAAAGAGAUUUUCAUUAACCAAGUUAAUGGUGUUUGUUAUUGUGAUGAAACAUUGCAGUAAUCUUCUUCCAAGAUGCCAAAAUAAGCGAUUUAAUUACAUUAAAAAUAAAUUCUACAAUAUGGUAAUGUACAAUAAAAAAUUAUCGAAAAGAAAUUGCUAUUAUAAUGAAACUGAUUUAUCUAAUGUGUAUUUAUUUAAUGCGUCGAAGUAUACAGAGUACAAACAGAAUGGUACUAUAGUACAAAGAUAAAAGAGGGAAUUAUAUGGGAAAGGAUAAAUAGAAACCUGCUAUGAAAUUUCUAAUCCGAGACUUCGUUUUCAAGAAAAUUUAUUUUGGGAAUUCAUCGAACAUAGAUUGGGGUUAGUUAUUAUCCUAUUUCGUUACUAAUUACUUUAAAUGACACAAUUUUUUCGACUAUUUAGAUUUCAAUCAAAGACUUCGGAUCACUGACGAUACACAAUGAUGUAGUUUGGUAAUAUAAUUUGAAUUUUUGUACAAAUCCAGGGUUUUCUUUUUUUUUUUCUUUUUUUACCAAUAUUGCCAGAUAUUUAAGCUCGUGAUUUUUGCACAUGCACAUACAUAUACACGUAUAUGAAACAGAAACUGUAGAAGGAUUAAUUAUUCGUGUAUUCAAGCAAUUUCUAAAAUCAAUUAUGUCUCUUUUGUUUCUUCGUAACAUAUUCCUUAUUCUUUCAGUUUCAGUUAUACUACUGUCUCACUCUGUAUAAUAGACGCAUACCUUGCAAUAGAAAGCAGUUAAAUGCACGUUAAAAAUUAAUUGACUUCAGAAAUUGAAAGCAAAAAUAUUGAAUACUUGACAAUACAAUUUUGUUAUUUUUGAUGCUCUAAUAAACAAAAUUUGCUGUAUAGCCAAUCACAUCAUCAAAAGAGUGACUUUUUUAUGUUUUAAAGAUUUUUAUCGAUACUACUUCCUAAAAUAACAAUAUGUGUAUUUUUAAUUGUCUGUCCAACUAUCAAUAAGAAAAUCCUUUCUAAUUGAAUAUUAUAUACUUUCCUCAUUAGAGUUUGCUUUUUGUAUUAUUUGUCGUAAUAAGUAAAAAUAUUAAAAUAAAUAAUAUCUACUGGUCAGUGGAUAAGAAAUUUUCUGUACAUUUGUAUGAAAUAUGUGUGUAAAACUAUACAAUUUUUCUUUAUAGAUUUAAAUUAAAAUGUAGUAUUUUCAUUUUAAACAGAUAGCAUUAAUCAUUUUAUUUUGCUUCAGUCUUUUAAAAAUAAUUUUUUAAGCGUACACAAAUAACCAAGUCAUCUGUAUUUAACAUAGUUAUACGUGUAUGUACAUAAUAUAACAGUAAAUAUAUUGUACAGAUUUAUAAUCCAAUGUGUCAUACAAAAUGUACUGAAAAGUUAUUGAAGGUAUAAUGGUUUAUCUAAAUGCCAUUCCCAAAAAUGAAAGAAACAUUAAAUUGAUUUGAUUCCUUUUCUCUUUCAGAAAUAAAAAUUAUGUAACUAAACAUUAUAAAAAAAUUUGGGCUGCAUUACUAUCAUACUAUGAUAUUACUAUAUUUUUUAUUGGUAUUUGCUGGCAUAUUAAUAGUUACAAACUUCUACAUGUAAUAUUUCAUGUCAGAAAACUAAAUUUAGAUAAAGUAUUGUAUAUAUAUAAUUUAAAUUUAUAUUAAAAUAAGUGCACUUAUUAUAAAGCGGAUAAAAAAUUCCCAAUGGGUAACAAGUACAAGUAAAAUAAUAAUGUGCCAAAUAUUUAUAUAGAAACUUAUAAUAUUAUAAUUUCAAUAUAUCGUUUAAUUCUAUGAUUAGAAAAAUCUUUUCUCAGAUGGCAUAACAGAUAAACCAUUAAAAUUCUGUUUUAAAAUUUUGAUACAUACAUGAAGAUACAAUCACAGUGUAAAGCGGAUAUUCUAACUCAUUGAUAAUAAGAAAUGCAAGCCUAUGUUUAGUGAGCAUUGUUUAUAUUCUUAUAAUGGUUCACAUAACAGCUUUUUCAUUGUCACUCAUAUUUUUAAAAAAACUGAAGAACAUAUUUGGUAUUACUUACAAUAUUUAUAUAACAACAUGAAUAUUAUAUAUUAUGAUUACAUCUAAAAUCGAAUCAGAAUAAUACAAUGCAGAUGAAAGGAGAAUUAACUUUAAAACGUAAUUUUGAUUAAACAUUUCUUAUUCAAAACGUUUAUUUAAGUUUUUUUACGAACAUAUUUUAAUCUCUAUGAACUUUUCUUCUGAAAUAGUUCUAAAUUUAGGGUAAAGCUAUUUUCAUUAUUUGUUACGAAGUUUAUAGAAUGAAAAAUAGUUGAGCCGAAUUAUUUAAACCAUAAUAUUUACAAUUUUGAAAUUUGCUAAAUGUGUAUCUCAUAGUAUGAGAUCUCUUAACACUGUUUCCUUUUAUUCAUUCAAACACUGAUAUAAAUUCAUUAUUUUAUGAAGCCUUGUUUGUUUAUUUGUCUUCUUUCUUUGAGCUUUAUAUUCACUUAUCAAUUGAAUAAUUUAGUAUAUUAUUUUAGCAUAUUUUUAUAUAACUGUGUUAGAUACGUAUAAAACAAAUGACAUGCAUCUAUAUAGAAACAAAAAUUUAUUCAUUUUUAUUUACAUAUUAUAUUUAUUCUUUCAGUUUAUGUUCUAAGAUUACUUAUGUACGUACGAAAUAUUUCUGAUUUGUUUUAUAUGUACAAAACUCCUGCUUUCAUUUUGCUUUUUAAUCCUAACGUAUCCUAAAAACAUGACAUAUUUCUAAACAAUAAUAUGAUACAAUUCUGAUUGUACACUACAACCUCAGACAACAUCAAUUUAUAGUUUUUUUCUUCGUAUAUUUUUUACAGAAUUCUUAAUGUGACAUAAUUUACAAUAUAAUAUAUAUUUCACUCUUUAUUAUGUGUUUAAUGAGUGUUUGAAAGUAAAUGUUAACUAUAAUAAGAAACUCAAAUAAAUAGAAUAUCAUCAUAUAUAGUGCUCAUUUUGUAUACUUGUAUGGAUCACAUAACACCACUAAUAAUAAGAGCCCAGACUGAAAAACUCCUAUUUAUUUUAAAGUAGAAAAUUAUAAUUUACAUCAUUCGUAAAAAUAGUAGUAAUUUAUUACUAAAAAGUUAUCCUUCUUAAUUAUUAUAUCUUAAAACCAAAACAUAAGUUAGAAAUUCUGGUUUAAAUCUCUAUAAAGUUUCCUUCGACUGGUGAUGGUGAGUAAACCUGUAAAAGUAUAGUUCUUAUCUAGUAAAAGAUAUAAUAUUUAUAUACAGUAGUAUUGUAUCAGCAUGAGGUGCAAUGGACUGGUAUGUGAUUCUGUAUGUAAAGUGCAACUGUUGCGUUCAACAUUGAAGAGUAUUCUAAUAUUAAAAAUUAAUAUUAUAUCUAAUUAUUGAUAGAUGAAUCAUAUAUAUAUAUACAUAUACAUAUAUUUAUAUGAUAGUAGUAUGAUCAAUUAUGAGAAUUAUUGUUGAUAUAAGAGAUGUGUUUGUAUAUAUUUAUGUAUAAUAUAAUGAAAUCCUAUUAUAGUCUUCACUGUAUGUAAUUGUAAGAAAUUUAUAAUUGGGAACAGAAUCGGUUAUUCGGAUUACCAGCAAAUUAUAAUUUUAACGAUCUUCAUUUAUAGAUGUCUUUUAUCCUUCUAUUAUUUCUGAGAUUUAUAAAUAUUCUGUACCUUUAAAACAGAGUUAGGUAAAACAUUUUAACUUUUCUCAUAAAUACAUAUUUAUCAUCAUAAUUAUGUUCCAAGCUUUUAUUUGAAAUCAUUUUUUAUUACGAUUAAUUAUUUGUAACAAAAAUAUAUUUAUUGAUUUUAUUCAAUUUUCAUAGUUGCAGACAUAUAUUUCUAUUAAAAUUCUUGUUAAAUAUUCAUAUAAUGCUAAGCGAAUAAUAUACAUGUAUCAGUAUAAACAAAAAUUAAAUGUUUUCAGCUUAUGUUAACAUCGUAAGAACUGAAGUUUAAAAUGAUAAAUUGAAUAGUACAAUAAAACACUUAAAAUAAAAAAUAAAAGAUUAAUUUGAACUUUAAAGGAAAUUAUACACAGACUUAUACACUUAAGUAAAGAUAUUUGAAUUGUCAAUUCAAUAAAUUUAAAUAUAAAGACUACAUAUGUGAAUGUUGAAAUUGUAACAAUUAUUGAUAUGAUAAUGAUUUGUGUAAUUUCUAACUCUGUUUAAUAGCUAGUAAAAUUAAUAUACAUAUUUUAAUAAGUUUGAUUGAAUUUAAUGAAAUGUUGCAGGCUAGAUCAUCAUUAUUGAACUCUGGGUAACCGAUUUUCUGAUUUUGCAUAAGAUAUUUAAAAAGUAACAUACCUUCCACGAGCGAUAGCUAUUCUAUCUUAUAACUAUUAACAUAAUAUGCAGAGCCCAGUUUUUAUUAACAUGUCACUCAAGCACGACUUGUCUUUCCUACUGCAUAAUCAGAUAUCGAUUAUCACAAUUUGUACCUAUGUGUGCUUGAGACAAUAGGAGACGAAUGACCGCACAAUCAUGUACAUUGAGGUCCAUUUGAAAUGUCGCCAAACAAUAUCAAUGUAGCAUAGAUCAAUAUAGCAUUUGGUGUAUAUCCAUUCUAAUGAAAACCGACUAAAUCAUGUAUGAAUUUCUAAAGCGUGCAUGUAUGUAUGUCCACAAUGCCAAGCCAACGAUGUUUAUAUUUUGGAAGAAAUAAUAUGAUAAACAAAAAAUAACUUUUGCAUUGAAAAUAAUAUUUGAUAAAAAAAUAUUAGAAGGAAGAUUUCAUCGAGAAAACAUAUUUUGGAAUGCAGCUGAAGCCAAAUUUCAUACAAUGUAAUAUUUAUCUCUAAACUAUCUCACAUGUGAUUACUAAGAUAGUUCUUUCAAAAUAUUAUUGUCAAUAUAUUUUCGAAAUAAUUGUUUUUUGUAAAAAUAUCGAGUAUUUUAAACAAGAAAAAGUCCUUUACAUAUCAAAUCCAUUAAUUUAGACCUAGGGAAUCAUAAAUAUCUAUACUUUUUAUCAUUUAUAUGCUGCACGAAAUAUGCUAAACAAAAAAAUUUGAUGUAAGAUAAGUAUUCUAUUCGGAAAGAACAUUAUAAAUAUGUUCAACAACAUAUUUUUUCUAAUGUUAUUUGAAAAUAUUUUUAGAUAAUUUAUAUAUAUAUUUAUGUAAAUCUAUUUUUUGUUAAUAUGCAAACAAAAAAUUUUUAUGAAUUUUAUAUGUGAGAGAAAUUCAAGUUUGCUAACGUGUUUAAUUAAAUACUUAUUACGUGAAAAAAUUGAUGUAAAUGUUACUUUAAAACAAUGUAGGAUAUGGAGUAUAGCAUACAACAAACAAAGAAUUUUAAAGUACUUAGUACAUGCAAUAUUCUUUAACAUGCACAAGGCAUUUAUCACUUAUAAUAACUAGUAUAUCGUUAAAGUUAUUAUAUCAGAAUAUUACAACAGAAAUUAACUAAUUUGUUUCAACAUGCACGCAAGCUAUUAUAUUAUUGUCUUAAAACUAUGUUUCCCGCAAAAUAAUAUAUAUUCCCGGUGAAAGGAUCAGAGUAAUAUAUUGCUUUAUAUUAAUGCAAUUACUUAUCAUAAAUUCCGAAGGGAAUGUAAUUUCAAGAAAACGUUUUGGAGAAAGUUCUUAAUAUCUUCUAAUAAUGAAAAAGUUCUAAAAAUCUUCCAAUUUUUGUAUCAUUAACAAGCAAGUAACGUUACUGUUACAUAAGAAGCUUACUAUAAAUGCUAAAACUUUUAUAAUAAUUGUAGUUUCCCUUUCUUUAAAAAUAAUAGUUGUAAAAUUUACUAAUCUAUAUACUAAAGAAUAAAUUGAUUCUGCGUAAUAUUCUGCUUAAUAACACUUUUUAGUUUAGUAAAACCCUGGAAAGAAGUGCUAUAAGUGAUAACAUGCUUUGACCUGUAUACUGUUACUAUAUGUAUAACUCUUGUAAGAAGUUGGCUUGGCUCCUUCCAAACUCAGUAUUAAAACAUGAUGAUAUUGAAAAAAGAACAAGCAGGAUCGAACCUACAAUUUGUGGAUUAUUUUUGACCAAAUUGUGUUUUACAAGGAAAUUCUUCCAAAAUUUAUUAUCUAUCACUUUAUUUAAAGAAUUUCUGACACAAUCUAUGUCUUUUUACAAAUGAUUGAAAUUUUAUAAUGGGUGUUGACAGUUGCAAACACUUGCAAACAGUUGGCAAACUAAUAUUUUAUAAACAUUUUUUUCCAUUACAUAAUCUAGCUAAAUUGUACUCAUAUGAAAACAUUCAUCGUACACUCUUGUAAUUAGUUCCUACAAUUAUAAUAUACUUAAAGUGUAAAAAAUUUGUUAGUGAAAUGAAAUUUUAAUCAAAGUUGAUCAAGCUUCUGUUGAUGAAUAUCAUAAUGCAAUGGGACUGCAUUAAGACUUCAUAAGAUAUACAUAUAUGUAUAAACAUAUAACAUCAGCUUUUAUGAAAUGUAAGAAUGCCAACAUUUUGCUAGUGUCGCUGUCAGUUUUCUUCCUGAUUCUGUGACUCUGUUGACCUACUGAUAAAAAAAUGUAAUUUAUUUAUUGUAAAUAAAAACAUAUAUUGCAUAAAA